AUGAUGCAAGAACCAACCUUAGGUAUGAUGCAAGGUGGUGGUGCUUACGGUGGAGACGGUGGUGGUGGUGGUGGUGAAAACCGACAACUCAAGGCGGAGAUAGCAACACAUCCUUUAUACGAACAGCUUCUGUCUGCACAUGUGGCUUGUCUCCGAGUUGCAACUCCUAUAGAUCAGUUACCAUUGAUUGAUGCACAGUUAUCUCAAUCUCAUCAUCUUCUACGAUCUUAUAUCUCUCAACAAACUCAUUCUCUUUCACCUCAUGAUCGUCAACAACUCGACAACUUCCUCGCACAAUAUUUGAUAGUUUUGUGUAGUUUCAAAGAACAGCUUCAACAACAUGUUAGAGUUCAUGCUGUUGAGGCUGUUAUGGCUUGCCGUGAUAUUGAAAGUACCUUACAAGCUCUCACUGGAGUGAGUUUGGGAGAAGGAAGCGGCGCAACAAUGUCUGACGAUGAAGAUGAACAAUUGCAAUUGGAUUAUUGUUUAGAAAAUCAAUCUAGUGGUGGUGGUGAUGACAUGAUGGGACUUGGUCCAUUACUUCCUACUGAAUCUGAAAGGUCACUCAUGGAAAGAGUUCGUCAAGAACUCAAAAUUGAGCUCAAACAGGGUUUUAAGUCUCGAAUUGAAGAUGUAAGAGAAGAAAUAUUAAGGAAAAGAAGAGCUGGAAAAUUACCGGGUGACACAACUUCUGUCUUGAAGAAUUGGUGGCAGCAACAUGCAAAGUGGCCUUAUCCAACUGAAGAUGAUAAAGCAAAACUUGUGGAAGAAACAGGAUUGCAACUGAAGCAAAUAAACAAUUGGUUCAUAAACCAAAGGAAAAGAAAUUGGCAUAGCAAUUCUCAAUCUGUUACCUCUUUGAAAUCCAAACGCAAGAGGUAG